AUGUGGGUCAAUUCCGGAACCGUCGGAAGGGCCCUCUCCAUGGAUAUAGACACAGACUAUGAGCGGCCCAAUGUGGAAACCAUUAAAUGUGUGGUGGUAGGGGAUAAUGCAGUAGGCAAGACCAGGCUAAUCUGUGCCCGGGCCUGCAAUGCCACCCUCACACAGUAUCAGCUGCUUGCCACCCACGUGCCAACCGUCUGGGCCAUCGACCAGUACCGUGUAUGCCAGGAGGUGUUAGAGAGAUCUCGUGAUGUAGUGGAUGAAGUCAGUGUGUCCCUGAGGCUGUGGGACACAUUCGGGGAUCAUCACAAAGACAGACGUUUUGCCUAUGGCAGGUCUGAUGUAGUGGUGCUUUGCUUCUCUUUGGCUAAUCCCAAUUCCCUGCGCCAUGUCCGCACCAUGUGGUUCCCGGAGAUCAAGCACUUCUGUCCCCGGACGCCCAUCAUCCUGGUUGGCUGCCAGCUGGAUCUGCGCUAUGCCGACCUGGAUGCUGUUAACCGUGCACGACGACCACUAGCCAAACCCAUCAAACCUACGGAUAUCCUUCCUCCAGAGAGAGGCCAUGAGGUGGCAAAAGAACUUGGUAUUCCCUACUAUGAGACCAGCAUUGUUGCCCAGUUUGGUGUCAAAGAUGUUUUUGACAAUGCAAUCCGUGCUGCCCUUAUCUCCCGUCGACAUCUGCAAUUCUGGAAGUCUCACCUGAAAAAGGUCCAGAGGCCCCUUCUCCAGGCACCCUUCCUGCCUCCUCGGCCACCGCGCCCCAUAGUGGGCAUCCCAGACCCCCCUCUCACAGAUGGUGAGGGCCCCGACUCGCUUUUCUGUCAGCCUCUCUGUGCAGACGUUCUUUUCCUUCUGCAAGGCGGCACUACUCGUGUUUUUGCACACAAAGUCUAUCUGGCUACAUCCUGCUCCAAGUUCUAUGACCUCUUCACCCUUGAUCUAGGUGGCUCAUGUAGUGGGCCACGGGGGGAGGAACAGGAGAGCAACGAAAAAUCAGAGAGCAGGGAGGAAGAUGAGCAGAGUAGGAGAGGAGCCAAGGAGCAAGCUGGACGCACUAAAAGCCUAGACAUUGAUAAAGAUGGGGUUGAUGGAGGAGUGCGAGGCCUGAAUCAACCCCAGCUGCUCCAGCAGGGCUCUUUGAGGACUUCCCAGAGUGAUAAUGCACUUCCUUCUCGAGCCCAGUACUCCCUGGGAGCACUAGGGACCGGUCGAGCACUUUCUGGAUGGGGAAGGGGGUUCUUGAGUGUUUGUCUAGAGCACGUUGAUGAUCCCGUGACUGGACGACCCCGACUCAUGACUGUGGUAGCCAUGGAUGCACUUAUACAGGAGGAGCCAUUCAAGGCGGUGCUUCAGUACCUGUAUACAGGCAGUCUGGAUGAGGGCCGCGGCGAUCUGAUGCAGGUCGCCACCAUCGCAGAGCUACUUGAGGUGUUUGACCUGCGAAUGAUGGUGGCCAAUGUUUUGAACAGAGAAAGCUUCAUGAACCAGGAGAUCACCAAGGCCUUCCAUGUCCGCAGAGCCAACCGCAUCAAGGAGUGUCUCAAUAAGGGGACAUUUGCUGAUGUGGUGUUCCGACUGGAUGAUGGUUGCCUCCCCGGCCACAAGCCCCUGCUUAUCUCCAGCUGCGACUGGAUGGCGGCCAUGUUCCGUGGCUCUUUCAUGGAAAGUUACAUUGAGGAGGUCUCCAUCCCUAACACCAGCACAGCCUGUAUGCGAGGGGUGCUGGAGUUCCUGUACUGUGGUCUCCUGACGCCUUGUCCCGGUUUGGAGCCCAUGGAACUAAUCGUUCUGGCCAACCGUCUCUGUUUGCCACGCCUUGUCGCCCUCACUGAACAGCAUGCUGUGGAUGAGCUUCUUCAACUGGCAGUGAAAGGAAUUGACAUCGAUGGACAGGUGUUGGCUUACCUUGAGCUUGCACAGUUCCACAAUGCAAAGCAGCUAUCAGCUUGGUGUCUUCAUCACAUCUGUACUAAUUAUAACAGCAUCUGCCGCAAGUUUCCCAAAGAUAUGAAGGCCAUGUCUCCAGAAAACCAGAGGCAUUUUGAGAAGCAGCGCUGGCCACCUGUGUGGUUCCUGAAGGAAGAGGAUCGCUACCUGCGUUCCCAGAAGGAACGUGAACGUGAGGAAGAGAUCUUGCGCAAGCAGCACACCAAAAGGGGCUGGUGUUUCUGGAGGCACCCGUCCUCCUCGCCACAUGUCUCUUAAAGCAUCUCCAUCCCUCACCUGGAAAGUUAACCCCUCAUCAUGCCUCUUCACACAUAUAGAGGAGAAUCACCCCCAAACCCCCUAUUACUGGAUAAAUUACCCUCAGAGCUAAUAUGCCUGGAUGUCAGCAUGUUUGGGGGAAUGUAUGUGCCUCUUUAUAAGUGUGGGGGACCACACAAAUGCAUUUUGGUAUCCUGUGUAACAAGUGUGGACUCAGCUGAUGGGUAUGUGCAUGGAUGUGUGAUUCUAUGUGUGCGGUAUUGUGAUUGAGUGAUGCUUCCAAGUUGAGUGCUUCCCAAACGCCCUGUUUGAAAAUGGCCUAAGGCGUUGCAGUGCAGCCCCUUUUGUCCCUCCACAAGAGCUCUGUCCCUUCACCAGCACUCACAGUGUCUAAGCCGUCUGAGUGAUUGGACUGGGAGCAAGGGCUCUCUAUUUCUCUCAGUCUCCAUCCUUCACAUUGACCUUAAUGACUAUUACACAUUGACCACUGCAGCUUCUUGUGGGGGAGCUUACCUCUGCCUUCACUUCUAUACAGACUGUUAGCUUGCACACACACAGACCCAUGCUCAUUUUCCACCCCCUAAAAACCAGCACUCUAUUCCCAGGAAUUGACACUGACAAUGUAAUUAUUAUUUCAACAUUACUUAAGUUUUCUGGGCUUUUUUAUAUGUUUUGCGCCUUCUAGGAAACUUUUAUCAGGGGAAAUGGAGCA